GUUUCCCGCCUGCAUAGGUUUUGCUGCCGCGAUCAUGGCGGACUUAACGGAUUUGCCCAAGUCGCGAAUCAACGCCAGCAUGCUCGCUGAGUUCAUCGACCAGCCAGUCUGCUUCUUAGGGAGGCUAGAAAAGAUUCAUCCCUCUGGAAAAAUGUUCAUUCUUUCAGAUGGAGAAGGGAAAAAUGGAACCAUUGAGUUGAUGGAGCCCCUUGAUGAAGAAAUCUCUGGAAUUGUGGAAGUGGUUGGAAGAGUAACAGCCAAGGCAACCAUUAUGUGUUCAUCUUAUAUCCACUUUAAAGAAGAUGUCUCUCCUUUUGAUCUUGGACUUUACAAUGAAGCCGUGAAAAUUAUCCAUGAGUUCCCUCAAUAUUUUCCUUUAGCAGCUGUGCAGCAUGAUUGAUCAUGAUGACUUUUGUUCUGAUUGCAAAUUAGGUUUAAUUGAAGAUUAAAGGGAGUCCCCUUUUGUUUGAGGG